GUACAAGACAUGCAUAUAUAUAAGAGGCUCCCGUUGGUAAUGCUCAGUUUUACAGGACUUAAAAGUGCGAAUAAGAGACCAGCAACUUUGUAGCAAUGGCGUUAAUGGGGCGCACGCAGAUUGGAAUGAAAGCUACGGGAACAACAGUCACUAUUCCCAACAACCCCAAAGGGAAACUGAUGUACUACCUGAGUUGCAUAAAAAACGUUCUGCAGAUGGACGAUGAGAUUGCUGACAUGAACCGACUCACCAGGUACAAUCAGUACUACAACCUCAGCGACAGCGAUACGGACUUGCUGAUUGUUUUGGGACUGGCAUUGAGCCCUGACGUGCUUAUGAAUAAAUGCAUUUUCCAAAGCGAUGCGAUGUGUGGCGAUUCAUCCAAUGAGUUUUAUGAAAUAGAAGCAGUGAGGAGCAAUCUGCUUGUCGCUGGAAGUGUUAUGAUUGGGGGUCGUUCUCGGAGGGUCCUCCAAGAUCAUGACCUUCAAGAUGUCAUGGCUGAAAAACAACUGGGCUGAGCCGAUCAAGCAGUUGGUUGAGGAGCAGGAACGUAGACGUGCAGCUUCAGCCGCCAGGAGGCGUCGUGAGGAAUCUUCCGGUUGCACAGUUAUGUAAAGGAAGGACUUUACUACGACUGUGAUAAAUACAAAAGAUAUGCUUCAGUAUCUCUUAAAAAACGAAAUUGUAUUUAAUGGUCAAAUAAAUGCUUGACAAAACGUGUUCAAAUCAAAUAUGAUAUAUAGCAUAUAUAUUUCACCGAUUGAUUUGAUAUGUGUUUCAUUCACAUAUCUCUGUUGUAUGUUGACAUUGCUUUUCUUUUCUUGUAUGACAUGAAGCAACAUAAUUUAUGAUAAUUAAAUUGUAUUUUUAAUACCGUUAUAUCAUUUUCCGUUAGGUAACCUUAACAUAUUAUUGUGUUUAAAUAUUGUCACAUUAUAUAUUUUGAUAUAACUUGUAACAAUGUAAAACUUGUUGUAAAAUUAUGUACCAUGUAUACCACAUGGACCUUAUUAUUAAACAAGACAAACAAACCGACA